UUCUGGGCCUUGUGGGCCGGGCAGCCAUUUUGGGAAGAGCUUUGUUAUGGUUGUGGGCUAGCCACCUCUGCCGGGUCGAGAAGCUGGGGACGCGUCCUCAGACUCCGCGUCUCGUCCCUGGCCGUAGCCCGGCCGCUGCCCGAGUGAUCUGUGUGGCCUUUUAAAUGAUUGAGUGAAGAUGAAAAUGGAUCAAAAAUAAUAAGUGACUUCUCUACCAAAGCAGUAGAAGAUCCUUCAUAUCACCUUCCAGUAGCUAAAUUCAAUUUUGGGACGGGGCAGAACAAGUAAAAUACAGAAAACUGAAGAAAAGAAAACCUCAUUUUGGAACUAUCUUUCUCCUUGACUUUACGCUUAUCCCCUAUCUUUCUACUUGUUUUACCUUUGUUCUGAAUUUGUAAAUAAAGACCAAAGAAAUACGGCAUACAUUUAGGAGCUUUAUACCAAGAAACUUGCCUUGAAAGCUGCUAUUCCCUGGAGGGAAAAGUAUAUCAAGUUCCUGUCUUUUUUUUUUUCUUUUUCUUUUUUAGACAAGAUUUCUAAUGUCCUUAAAUUUUGAAGGUUAAGACAAAUAUAUAUAUCUGCAUGCUAUUUUUAGCAGUUGUGUGAGUAAGAAUAAUGAGAUUUGUAUUUUAAGGGCUUUGUCAUGUGGAUGUUUUGCCACUGAAGUUGACUCCUCAGAAUAUCUUUUAGAGGGCUUUAACAUUGUAUUUUUGAUCUAUCACCUUGAUGACAUUACUUGCCCACACUUGAGCCCACCUGUCUUUCUAGCUAUGAUCUUGUUAUGAACAGUGUUUGUACUCACUGUGCAAAUGUCCAUGUAUCACUUAAUUAAGCAACAUCAUAGUGCUGUAACUCAAGGAAGUUGAAUGAGGUGAACAUAGACAUAGCUUUUUCCCCCCUUUUUUAAAUGUAACAAAUAUUUUUUAUGUUCCCCUUCCCCUUUCCCCCUUCCCCCUUCCCCCUUUUGGAAACGUGUCAGGAACUAGGUAGUUUAAGAUGAGCAAUUGAGGGGACUGAGAGAGUGAUCCACACAGAGCCUGGCUGCUUUGUGCUUCAUCAUAAGUCGUGCUGCUGACCAGGUUACUUUAAGCACCCUUUUAACAAGAAAACCUCGUGGGAGAUCCAGCUGGCAGACUCAAGGAGUUCAGGAAACAGGACCACAGAGGUUAUACUCUGGGAUCCUGGCCAUGAGGUUGGAUGCCUCACCUUGCUGAAAAAGAGACACUGGACCUAAAUGGCGCAGCAUGAUUUUGUUCCUGCUUGGCUAAAUUUCUCAACACCACAGUCAGCUAAGUCACCUACUGCAACGUUUGAGAAACACGGAGAGCACCUACCCCGAGGAGAAGGUAGAUUCGGAGUAAGCCGUCGUCGACAUAAUUCCUCUGAUGGCUUUUUUAACAAUGGACCCCUACGAACUACAGGAGAUUCCUGGCACCAGCCCUCCCUGUUCCGCCAUGAUUCUGUGGACUCUGGUGUCUCUAAGGGAGCAUAUGCUGGAAUCACAGGGAACCCAUCUGGUUGGCAUGGCUCUUCCCGAGGUCACGAUGUUAUGAGCCAGCGUAGUGGAGGUGGCACAGGGAACCAUCGCCAUUGGAAUGGCAGCUUCCACUCCCGGAAAGUCUGUUCCUUUCAGGAAAGGCCAUCUACAGAGAUUAGGGAAGAAAAGAAAGAAGACAAGGUGGAAAAGUUGCAGUUUGAAGAAGAAGACUUUGUAAAAAACCCACCUAGUGCCAAGCAACCCUCCAAAAUGCUAGUUAUCAAAAAAGUAUCCAAAGAGGAUCCUGCUGCUGCCUUCUCUGCUGCAUUCACCUCACCAGGAUCUCACCAUGCUAAUGGGAACAAAUCAUCAUCCAUAGUUCCAAGUGUCUAUAAGAACCUGGUUCCUAAGCCUGCACCACCUCCUUCUAAGCCCAAUGCAUGGAAAGCUAACAGAAUGGAACACAAAUCGGGAUCCCUUUCCUCUAGCCGGGAGUGCGCUUUUACCAGUCCAAUCUCUGUUACCAAACCAGUGGUACUGGUUGGUGGUGCAGUUCUGAGUUCUCCCAAAGAGAGUCCCUCCAGCAUCACCCCUCCAGUUGAGAUCAGCUCCUCUCGUCUGACCAAGUUGACCCGCCGAACCGCUGACAGGAAGAGUGAGUUCCUGAAGACUCUAAAGGAUGACCGGAAUGGAGAAUUCUCAGAAAACAGAGACUGUGACAAGCUGGAGGAUUUGGAGGACGACAGCACACCUGAACCAAAGGAAAACGGAGAGGAAGGCUGUCAUCAGAAUGGUCUUGCUCUCCCCAUAGUGGAAGAAGGGGAGGUUCUCUCACACUCUUUGGAAGCAGAGCACAGGUUAUUGAAAGCAAUGGGGUGGCAGGAAUAUCCUGAAAAUGAUGAGAAUUGCCUUCCCCUCACAGAGGAUGAGCUCAAAGAAUUCCACAUGAAGACAGAGCAGCUGAGAAGAAAUGGCUUUGGAAAGAAUGGCUUCUUGCAGAGCCGCAAUUCCAGCCUGUUCUCCCCUUGGAGAAGCACUUGUAAAGCAGAGUUUGAGGACUCAGACACGGAAACCAGUAGCAGUGAAACAUCAGAUGACGAUGCCUGGAAGUAGGCGUAUAAAUGCUCACAGUUAAAUCUGACCCAGUAAACUCUGUUUAGGGAGUAUACAAAAGAAAUUGUUCUUUUCUUUUUCUUAUGUUGUUGAAUACUUCAUGCACAAGGAAAAUAAUCAUAUCCCAAAGAGAAAGCGAUUGGCUUGUUUAGCUUUUGUUGUUCUUCCCUGUUACCUGCUUAAUAGAGAAGUUCGUGUGGUGGGAAAGAUUUUUAAAAUACACACACACACACAUACACAGUACAUACGGGGCGAUGCACAAGUAGGAGCUGGCAAUGCAGAGAGGAGACACUGGUCUGCAGCAACAGCUUCUACUACCAGCCCUUCGGGCACUCACCCCUGUGCUCAAGCAAUCAUUGUCAAUGACAAAGUGACUAUUGAAGUUAUAAUUGUAUUAAAUUAAUGCUAAUAAUUUGGAUAUUUUAUUUUAUUUUUGGCUGCUCGGGUAACUUUAGCCCUUAACCCAGCAUAUGUGGUUUUUUGUUUUGUUUUGUUUUGUUUUCCUUUUUGGGUACAGCUGUAAAAUAUUUGGAUAUAAGAAAUGUGUUAUUCUUGCAGCCUUGAUAUUCAGGGUGGAUUGUAAAAUAUAAAUUUUUGUGAGAUUUCAAAGAUUAAGAUUAUUUUGAUAACAUUAUUUACAGAUUUAAAAGAUGUGGUUAUCACAGGUCUGUUGAGGGGGGAAACUACUGCAUAAAAUAACUAACUUGGAAUAAAUAUUUUGCAUCAGUUUG